CUAGCUUGAUGUGCGUGCGAAAGUUACAUUUUUUGUGUGAUUAAAUUGUUAAGAUUAAUUGUGAUCGGCCCGUUAGACAUCGAAGAAGCAAAAAAGGGUUUAACACCGUACAAUUAAGAUAAGCGGAACGAUGAGCAGGGCUUUGUGUUAGGGGAAAAGAAGAAUGCAAAAUAGCCCCAAUUGUAAAAAGCUUUGUGAAACUGGCAAGAAAAAUGAUCCCGCGACAGACACCGGCACGACCGAUCAAAAGAAUGGAAGCAUGCUCAUAAGAAGUAAAGUCGGCGACCAAGCUUCCGUGCCGGCCGAAUAUUCACAGUCAACAGUGAAUCAAUCAGACCGCAUUCCUGAAGAAUCCAAUUCCCGUUCCCGGCCGCGAAACGGCCAAACAUCUGCCUCACCCACCAAAACGCCAGAAUCGCUGGCCAACGGUGAGGAGAGGUCGUCCCAGACAACUACGCCAACGGACACAAAACUUGCGAUUCGUUUGGUGUCAUUAGAAAGAUUGCUACGACCAAGCCUGGUAAACACAUUGGACGCAAAAGUUGUAAAAGCUUCCGGCGCAAACAACUCGUCUCUACGAAAAUCGAAACGCAACAUUAGCAUUAUCGAAAUAAGUAGCAGUGACGAUAGUGAAUCCUCGUCUGUCAUUAGUUUUCACGAAGAUAUUUUGAACGAAAGUGCCAAUGAAUCUACGAGCACUCAACGGAACAAACAAACACGCAAUGGCGGAAGCCCCACCGUCGCGAACGGCGUGAAGCUUGCUGGAGGGGCAAAUCAGGUACGGGAAUUCAGUGUCAAAGUGCAAAAAUUGCCCACAGACCUCAGAGCAAUAAAGACUCUGUACGGGCUGAAGACGAUCUGCGAUCAUCGAAACGUCGAAAUUGAGAGCCUGACAUCCGAUACGAAUCGUUACGCGCAAUUACGAACUAAAGAAGCUCAAUUACGGAUCGAGCCAUGCCUCGAGGCGGCGGCUGAGGAACCUGUAGGUGUGGGCAAACCGCAGAAUCGUAACGAUAGCGAUUCAGAUGAUACGCCGCUCAUAAGCAAAAUCAAACGCAACAUUCCAAAACAAAGAAAAAUGGCUAGAAACUCAAGAAAACGAAGAGCCGUGAGUGAUAGUGAAGAGGAUGAUGGUGCGGAAAAUACAGGAAAAAAUGAGUCUCCAGUCGAAGAGUCCCCGGCCACGACCAAUGGCAGUGAUACUAGUGAUGAGGAUAGAAAGGAAAAUAACAGCAAUGGCCCAGAAACAGGUAACGUAGGAAGAAAACGCAGGGCAGCGGCACGAUCUUGCCGCACGAAUCUGGCACGGCAGGACAAAAGUACCGAUGAGGAGGAGAAAAAGGACGAGGGCAAUGAGGAGAGCAUUCAGUUGCGCAAAAAACGCACUCGAAUAAGAAAAAACUCUUCUUCGUCGGAUGAGAAAAAGAAAACCAAGCCGAAGCUAACGAAGCGCAGACGCAUCAAGAGGAACUCGUCUGGCGACAGCGAGGGAGACUCGCCCAACAAGGGUCGAAAGAAUAUUCGUAAGGUACUGAAAAAGAGCGAUCUCGAGCAGACGACCAAGAACGCUGAGCUAGAGGAAAGGGAACGCAAACAGCGCGUGGCCGAGCGGCAAAAGCACUACAACCAGGAGGCGUUCGACGAAAAGCCGGAGGAAAGUCGCCCGCUCGAGCAACUGGUGUUGGACUUUGAUGAUGACACGAAGAAACCGCUGCUGGAGGUUGACAAAAAGCUCGUCAAACAGCUGAAGCCACAUCAAGCGAAUGGUGUCAAGUUUAUGUUUGACGCGUGCUUCGAAAGUCUGGAGCGAAUGAAGGAAAGCAAGGGCUCCGGAUGCAUCCUAGCGCACUGCAUGGGAUUGGGUAAAACGCUGCAAGUCGUUGCGUUGGCCCACACGCUCACAUCGAAUUCUGCCGUUACUGGAGUGGAACGAAUACUAGUGGUGUGUCCACUGUCGACAGUCUUGAACUGGGUGAACGAAUUCAGCAUGUGGAUGAAGCACGUUCGCAAGGACAGCGAGAUUGAAGUUUACGAAAUAUCAAAAUACAAGGACAACGUGACACGUGCCAAUGUGCUGAUGGAAUGGCACAAUGAGGGUGGCGUGAUGAUUCUGGGUUAUGAUAUGUUCCGCAAUCUGGCCAAUCCGACUGCGAAACGCAUACGGAAGAAGGUGCGCGAAUCGCUGCAAACAUCGCUCAUAAAUCCCGGUCCGGAUCUGAUCGUGUGUGACGAAGGUCACUUGCUCAAAAAUGAGAAAACCUCCCUAUCGCAGGUGGUCACACGCAUCUCGACGCUACGCCGAAUAGUACUGACUGGUACUCCGAUACAGAACAAUAUGAAAGAAUAUUACUGUAUGGUGCAAUUCGUUAAACCGAAACUGCUUGGCACGUACCCGGAGUAUUUGAAUCGCUUCGUCAACCCGAUUACGAAUGGACAGUACACCGACAGUACGUCCUAUGAUAUUCAGCUGAUGCGUAAGCGUGCUCACGUGCUCCACAAGCUGCUGGACGGUUGUGUUCAGCGCCGGGACUACUCCGUGUUGUCACCAUUUCUUCCCCCCAAGCUGGAAUUUGUGCUCUCAAUCAAGCUCACCCCGAUGCAGUGUACUCUGUACAAGCAUUACAUGGAGAACUUUGCGCGGCAACGGCAACCCGACGACCCGAUGCAAAAAGGUUCUGCGAGGCUGUUUGCUGACUUUCAAAAUUUACAACGCAUUUGGACCCAUCCCAUGGUGUUGCGCUACAAUAGUGAUCGUUAUGAAUUUAAUCAACAAAAAAAGGAUAUGGAUCGGGAUCUGGGCUCUGAAGAUGAAUCAGUCGGAUCGAUGAAAGAUUUUCUUGACGAUAGUGACAGUGAGCAAAUGACCUCUAGUGGAUCCUCCUCGGAUUCGGAAGACGAUGUGCAGUCUGUUCAUGAUGUGGUAGCCGACAGUGAUAGCAGCUCGUCGUCCGAGGAUUUGUCCAAAAGCACAAGUAAAAAGGCCACUACGGGUUCUUCCGUGUCAACGCGCCAAACCCGUACAAAUAAGAAGGAAGUGGGAGAGGAGCCAAUCGAGUUACCGAAGGCAGAAAACCCGACCGAAUGGUGGAUGCCGUUGUGUCCGGAAAGCGAGCUUGAUAAUUUGGAACACUCAGGGAAGCUGCUGUUACUGAUGGAGAUUCUUAAAGAGUGUGAAACAAUCGGAGAUAAGCUUUUGUUGUUCUCGCAAUCACUCUAUGCGUUGGACGUGAUCGAACACUUCCUCUCGUUGCUGGAUGAAAACACGCAGAAAAAGGAGGAAGAGCGAAAUGAAACGUUGAGCAAAUAUCCUGGCUCGUGGGCACCCGGUUUGGACUAUUUCCGUCUGGACGGAUCGACUUCGAUCGAUAAUAGAAACGAUGCCUGCAGCGUAUUCAAUGAUGAGAGCAACACAAGAGCAAGAUUGUUUUUAAUUUCAACACGUGCCGGAGGGUUGGGAAUCAAUUUGGUGGCAGCUAAUAGGGUCGUUAUUUUCGACGUAUCGUGGAAUCCAUCGCAUGACAUCCAGAGCAUCUUCCGCGUUUAUCGAUUCGGGCAGCGCAAACCGUGCUAUGUUUAUCGGUUUAUUGCCAUGGGCACAAUGGAGGAGAAACUCUACGAACGCCAGGUGACAAAGCAAGCGAUUUCCAAGCGUGUGAUCGACGAGCAACAGAUCGAUCGACACUACAAAGAGAACGAUCUACAGGAGCUAUACCGGUAUGAAUUGGAGUCGGCUGAACCUCGGCCAACACCGAAAGUACCGAAGGACCGCCUGUUUGCCGAGUUGCUGCAGCGAUUCGAUUCAAUUAUCUUCAAGUAUCACGAGCACGAUUCGCUGCUGGAAAACAAGGAAGAAGAAACUCUCGAUGAGGAAGAACGCAAAGCCGCCUGGGAAGAAUUCGAACAGGAGAAAAACCGUCCGCCAUUACCGGCAUUCGGUAUGGCAGUUGGCAACUCUGGUAUGGGUGUGGGCACAGGAAUGGGAAUGGGUGGUCGAGUUACUGGUCCGGUAACGUCGAAUACUACCUACGGUUUCCGGAACGACGUUUUGCUGAAGCUGCUAAACAUGAAAGCUCGUCAGGAUAAUCCUCAUUUGGGAGAUAACGUCAUUAACACCUUGAUCCCAUAUAUGAUGCAUGAAUUGCAAAUGCAAAUGAAGGAAGGCGAAUUAUCGCUUUAUAGAAGUUUGUGGGAUCUUUACUACCAGUUGGAAGUUCCUUCACAAACUCUUCAGAGCCAGUCAAUGGGUUACGCAGCGGGUAACGCGGGAACGCUGAGACAAGCUCCACUGAUCCAUCAGCCGAUGAUGUCGACAUCUGGUGGAACUAUGGCUUAUGUUCAUCCCAAUCAAAGUGGAGCACCAUUUGUGGUUGGCAUGCCGAACCAACAACCGGGAAUCAGCGGUCUGCAUCAAGUCAACGUUGCUCCUGCUGUCGGCGGUCCUCCCACCAUUGAUCCCAAUAUAGUAGAGCUUGAUUAAUGGUAAAGAACAUUUUUUACAAAAUAACUCAUGUCGGUGUACGAUACCUAACCUAUAAUUUUCAAGGUUCAGUUAAGCUGCGUUCAAUUUCAACUUUAACUUCUACCAUGCAUGCAAGAUUGCUAUUACGAGUGAAGCACUAAUAUACGAAACAUUCUUAUAAAUUAUUAAAAAUAAAAAAUCAUGUAGAAACUGCAAACCUGUUCAGUAGUAAAGACCCUUAAUUGCUACCAGUCUCUCCAA